UCAAGAGCAAUGCUGGUGCUAUUGUGGCUGUGUGGGCUCCAAUAAUAGUUGUAUAUUUCAUGGAUACACAGAUUUGGUACUCCGUUUUCUGUACUAUCUUUGGUGGAGUUUAUGGCAUCUUGCAUCAUCUUGGUGAGAUCCGGACAUUAGGAAUGUUGAGAAGUAGAUUUCACACCCUGCCUUCUGCAUUUAAUAAUUGCCUCAUCCCACCCUCAUCCAAAAAUAAGCAAAGGCAGAAAGGGAAAAAUUUCUUCAACAGAAGAUCCUACAAGGUGUCCGAGAGUGAAAGAAAUGGUAUUGCUAAGUUUGUCGUUGUCUGGAACCAAAUUAUCAAUAACUUUAGAUCCGAGGACUUGAUAAACAACAGGGAAUUGGACCUUAUGACAAUACCUAUGUCAUCAGAGUUGUUUUCUGGGAUGGUUCGUUGGCCUAUUUUCCUUCUUGCAAAUAAGUUCUCAACAGCACUGAGCAUUGCAAGAGAUUUUGAGGGAAAGGACGAAGUUCUUUUUAGAAAGAUUAGAAAGGAUGAAUACAUGUACAAUGCUGUAAAAGAAUGCUAUGAGUCUUUGAAGUACAUCCUUGAUAUUCUUGUUGUUGGCAAUCAAGAGAAGAGGUAUAUAUACAAU